AUUCCUCUCUCUCUCUCUCUCUCUCUCUCUAACACACAAUUAAUAACACAAUAUUCUGAUCGAUAUCUACACUUUCUUGGAUCUGUAGGAACUACAUCACUCUGCAAAACUUGUCUCUCUUAUACUUCUAAUGAUUAUAUAGCUUCUUGCCCAAUUCAAGAACUCUCAAGCUAAACAAAUAAUUAAGACAAUAAUGAAAAAAUUUAUCCAGCUCAAGCAAGAAUUCCUCAAGAGAUGGAUAAAGGGUCUCCAUAUAUGUAGCUCUUCGAGUAAGAAGAUGGGAGUUUUGGAGAGAAAAAAUGCCAUAAAGCUUUCUGCAGACUUAGCCAUGGCGUUUGCCAAGAAGGGCAAGACUUCAUGGAGCCGAGCCGUCAUAGCAAAAGCUUCGCAGAACAGCUCAGCAGCCAAUACUAACUACAGCAAAAUCCUUUCCCAGAGAGUGACGAUGAUGAUGAGCAUGAAGAACAAUAAUAAUGAUAGUAAUCGAGCUCAUUCAAAUCCAUCACCAAACGGCAUGAAUACGAUGUCGUUUCGAAGUAGGAAAGCCAUGAUGAUGAUGAUGAUGAACCGCAGCUAUAGAUCAUCAAGGAAAAGUUAUAAUAAAGUUGUUUCGAGUUCUUUAUUAGCGAAGAGAUUGGUUCGGAAGAGAACACAAAUUCUCAAACGGCUUGUGCCUGGUGGAGACCAGUGUUUGGAUGAAGUGUCUUUGAUUAAAGAAACCCUAGAUUACAUAUUAUCUCUUCGAGCUCAGAUUGAUGUAAUGAGGUGUCUUUCUAACGCCGCUGAUGAUCAUCAUGAGCUCGUAUAUAAUGGCAAGUAAGAAUAUAUAUUAUGCUAAUAUAUAAUGAAAGUUUUAUUAAGUAAUAAUAUUAUCAAUUAGUACUACUUUUACUGUUUUUUUGUAUACUUUUUAUCCUCUGCUAUAGCUUGUUCCUUUUUGGCAAGACCAACUAGGUAGCUAGAUACAUGUGAAGAAGGAGAGAGAGUUAAUUAAGAGACGAUGCUAUAGUAUAUAUAUAUAGCUAAAGCAAUGUAUAUAUGAAUCUUAUAUAUAAAUAUAUAUAGUGAAAAAAAUGAAUGUUUUUUUUGCUAUUUGUUCUAUCUCUCUACUUAUAUUAGUUUCACAAUGCAUGUA